CUACACAAAAUGGCAAAAACGAGAAAGUCUGAGAAGUCGACGGUUACCAAGUCGGGAAGUAGCACUAAUCCAGAAAGAAUGAAAACUCACGCGAGACAGAGAGACAAGGCGACUAUUAGACGGUUGAAGAUGUAUAAAUCAGGAAAACCUGUUAGGAAUGCAAAAGGCCGCAUUGUGAAGCCUGCCGAGUACCAAGGAAAGAUUGCAUCAGGAACAGUAGCAAGAGUGGAUCCCAAUCGUCGCUGGUUUGGAAACACGAGGAUCGUUGGUCAAUCGGCUCUUCAAAAGUUUCAGGAUGAAAUGGGUAAAGUGAUGAAGGACCCUUAUAAGGUUGUCAUGCGACCGUCGAAACUGCCCGUGUCUUUAUUGCAAGAGAAAGCAAAGCAUGCGCGAGUGCAUCUCCUUGACACGGAACCGUUUGAGAACACGUUUGGCAAGAAGGCGCAAAGAAAGCGGCCGAGACUGACGGCUGGUGAUCUUCAGGAUUAUUUGGAUACAGUGGAGGCAUCAGGAGUUAAUUAUGACAAAGAGAAAGACAAAAAUCUCAUUGAUGACACAAAGGAAGACGUGAGGGAAGAGGCCAAGCAUCCAGUGUUUAGUAAGGGGCAAUCAAAACGGAUAUGGAAUGAGCUUUACAAGGUUAUUGACUCAUCAGAUGUUGUUGUGCAAGUGCUCGAUGCUCGAGACCCGCUUGGCACACGAUCAAAACAUAUUGAGACAUACAUGACGAAGGAGAAGCAACAUAAACAUCUCAUAUUCUUACUAAACAAAUGUGAUCUUAUUCCAACUUGGGUGACGACUCGGUGGAUUCAAAUUUUGUCUGCUGAAUUUCCAACUCUUGCAUUUCAUGCAAGUUUGACCAACUCAUUUGGCAAAGGAGCUCUUAUUCAAUUGCUGAGACAAUUUGGGAAGUUGCAUAAAGACAAGAAGCAGAUCAGUAUUGGAUUUAUUGGAUAUCCCAAUGUCGGCAAAAGCUCCAUUAUCAACACUCUUAGAAGCAAAAAGGUUUGCAGUGUGGCCCCCAUUGCAGGAGAAACAAAAGUGUGGCAAUAUAUUACCUUGAUGAGACGUAUCUAUCUCAUUGAUUGUCCAGGAGUUGUCUACCCAUCAAAUGAUUCAGAAACUGACAUUGUUCUCAAGGGUGUGGUGAGGGUGGAGAAUGUAAAGUCGCCAAGCGAUUUUAUUCCUGCCGUUUUGGAGAGAGUGAAACGCGAUUAUGUUCAAGCGACAUACAAGAUUGAUAGUUGGGAUGAUGCGACUGACUUUAUGGAGAAACUGGCAAAGAGAUCAGGAAGAUUAUUGAAGGGAGGUGAACCGGAUGUUGAUACUGUUGCUAAAAUGGUGUUAAAUGAUUGGCAAAGAGGCAAGAUACCUUUCUUUGUAAAGCCUCCAAGCAGUGAAGAGCAAGAGACAGCUGCAGGGGAACCUCCCAAGCCGAUAGCAUUUGUUUCAGCUGAAGAGACCGAAAAGAGGGACGAGACUCAGAGUGAUGACACGAUUGAGCAAUUGAGUCACGACAUGGAGUCAGAGACACACAUGGAGACAACAGCAAGCGAUGAGCAAAGUGACAAACCUGCUACUCACGACGACACACAUCAACAUUCUGCUGUUGUUACUGAUGAUGAGCCUAAACAAAAUACAGAAACUCAUCGAGACGAUCAUCCAGCUGCUGCCAAACAGUCAAAUACGCCUGCUGUCAGACAGGAUUUAAGUCAGUUAUCAGUUGCUCCUUCGUUUCACAGUAGUGAUCUAGAGCCUCCGGGCGGACUAUUUGACGAUGCUAUCUGGAAAUCUGUGGAAGUCACAGAACUGCCCGAUUUGUCAGAAGACGAAUCCGAGACAGACGAGUCUGAGACAGACGACAGUGCAAAUUCGAUCGGUAAGAGUGAGGACGAUUGUGAAGCCAAUGAGAACGAGAAUCACGACAACAAUGAACAGACAGUCAAGUCCAAUGACAUCAAUGCAAUUGCUGCUGUAUCGUCUGAUGGUAGCGAUUCAUGUGAGGACAACAGCUUUGUAUCUGACAGACAGAAUGAUGCAUUGACUCAACAGCAUGCUGAUUACAUGAAAGUUGACGUGCCCGAAACGAAUGAAGUCACCACACAUGGACUCACCUUACAGGCAUCACCACAACCAGACGAGUAUCAGUUAAAAUCUACAACACCUGGUAGAAGAAAGAGGAAAAAGUUGAUAUCAAAUAGUAGUGUUGAUGAUAAAGACAGGGUGUUUGACGAUGAUGACUUUAUGAUGUCGGUUGAGUCACAGGACACAAAGAAACGAAAAGCAAAUCAACAUACUGUAGUGAUGCCUUCAAUUGAGCAACAAUCUACUCACAGUGGGUUGGCAUACGACAGCACGAUGGUGGAGGUUGUUGAUGUAGCUGACGUUGGACGGAAGAAACAGUCAAGCAAGAAGUUAAAGAACCAGACAGUUCCUAAGAAAAUGACAAAGAAAACUAAACGUCAACGUGGAUUUGAAGAUGAAGUACAAAUGGCUCGAGAAGCUGGUGUUGUAUCCAAGCAAAAUCUUCGACAAACGAGAGUAAAGAAAGUUGGUGUUCAUUAUUAUUCAAAGGUGAACGUGAAGAACAGAAAGAGAAGGAUGGAUGUCACGAACUAAAGUUACUUUGUCUGUUGUUGCUAUUAAUUAAUUAAUGUGAUUUAAAUAUAUGUGGUAAUCCGGGCA